CUGAUUUAGCUGACGUACACUACCGGUAAAGAAAUAAGCAUGGCGUCGAGUAUUAUUAUUAAUCGAGGCGCGUUAAUGUUUGGAACAUAUUGCCAACAUUUGAGUUGGAAUGUUACAGUCACGCAGGUUCGAGGGAUAAAACGUUGGAUGAGGGCCUACACACACCUAAUGGCAAGAAAGUUAAAGCUUGAAGGUCCUCCACCUCCGAAACCAAGAUCUCAACACCCAAAUUGGGAUUAUCAUGCUGAGGUUCAGGCUUUCAGCACCCGCCUCCAUGAGAACUUUUCCCUGGAGCAAUUGAAAACAGCGUUCAUAAAUCCCUGUUACUUACAGGCAGAGCUGAAAAAGAGACAAGACAUCGGCAUAGACUCUGAGAUCACUGCUCUUUCUCUGAAUGAUAAUAUUGAGCUGAGUGCACGGGGAGAUGCCUUCACAACAAGCUUCCUCACGGAUUGGUGCAGGGCAAGCUUUCCCAGCCUGCCAACACAAGGGGUGGAGAGUAUUGUGAGACACCUCACCAGUGUACCCCUAGUAAGCAAUGUUGCUCAAAAUCUUGGCAUUGAGGAUCUAACCAUGAGUUUAGAAUUCCCCGUCCCGGACAAUGUGCUUCAUUCUACAUUCAUGGCAGUGAUUGGAGCACUUCUUGACAGCAGUGGAACACAGCGUGCAGGGUAUUUCCUCAGGGAUUUCCUCGUUUCCCAGCUAAUUGGAAAAGACUUGUUUGAUAUGUGGACAGUGGUCAAUCCUAUGGGCAUUCUGGUGGAGGAACUCAAGAAGAAGAAUGUUCCCCUACCAGAGCCCCGCCUCAUCAGGUCUGCUGGGUCCAGCACUGUUCUGCCGCUCUAUUUUGUUGGUUUGUACAGUGAUAAGAAGCUCCUGGCCCAGGGUCCAGGUGAGACACUUAUUGCGGCAGAGGAGGAGGCAGCUCGUGUGGCCCUGCGGAAACUCUACGGCUACACUGAAGAUCGCAGACCCUUCGACUUUAGUCCACAACCACAGAACGAGCGUCCUUUACUUCAAACAGUUAGCAGCAAUUAAUAUAUCAAGAAUGUUUGGGUUGCUAAUUAUAGCUAGGGAACAUCUUCCCUACUUGGUGUCAGUAAAACAAUGUACUUAUAUUGCUCAUUGUCUAUCUUGUGGUUUUUAUAUGUCUAUCCAAAAAAAACACAAUAUUCAUUAAGAUUCAAGUUUUGUAUUGAAUACAAGAACAUCGGAUCAUGUUAAAAAAAUUCCUUGUCUUUUUAUUAAAUAUCCAAUGUAAAUAUGA